AUGGCUACUGGAGAGAUGACGAUCGCAGAGAUGAAAGCGGCUUACGAGAAAGCCCAAGCCGAGCUAGCCCAAGAGAGGGCAUCCAAUGAAACCCUCCAGAAAGAGCUCGAAUCUGUGAAGAGCAACAAGCACCAGUCCCGCUACAAAGGUGGGAAGCCAAAAAAGCUAACGUUCGAGAUGCCCGAUGACUUUGAAAAUGUGACCGACGAUGAGGAGGAGACCCGUGAGGAAGAAGACAAAGAAGCUCCCGAUCCGGUGACCCAACACCUGAACAAGAUGGAUGCACGCAUGACGAAGCACUAUUCCCGCCUGAUGAAGUUGAUGACCAGGUUCCGCGGGGCACCUACACCAGUGGAGACCGAGCCGACCGACGGGACCGCUAUUGAGGCGUUCAAGAGAGGCCUCAUCCCCAAUUCGGAGCUGUACCGGGAAAUAACCAAAUACCCCUGUGCAACUUUCGAAGAGGUGCGAUCAAGGGCCACCGCCCAGAUGCGAAUCGAAGACGACAAGGUUAUCCGAACAGCAUCUCAGCGAUCGAUAGGGGGCAGCAGCGACAGAAGAUCGUACACCCCGAGGAACAACAAUUGGCGACACCAACCAUAUGUUCGGCAAAACCAGGUACAAAGUGUCAAUCAGUAUUAUGAUACUAACAAUGUUUACAGGAACGAGCGGGUCGAACACCCUAACAUCUCCGACUACGGCUUCAACGUCGACAUUGGAGGUGUGGUGAACGCCCUUCAAAAUGUAGGUGGAACAGUCAGAUGGCCCCGGAAGAACGACAGACCGGACUCCAUGAAGGACAUGAGCAAAUGGUGCGACUUCCACCGCGACAACGGACACACAACCGAGGAGUGCAUCUCCCUCAAAAAGGAAGUCGCAUACCUCCUGAAACGGGGGCAUCUAAAAGAACUGUUGAGCGACAAGGGAAAAGAAACAUUUUCCAAAGAGCAAACCACCCUGCCCGGCCCAACGACAAGCAGCGAGCGACCAGACCCACCACCAUUCAAUAAAGUGGUAAAUGUUAUUUCCGGUGGUUCAGAUAUUUGUGGACUAACCUCUUCUGCAGCUAAAAAAAUUAACAGGGGAGAAUCUGAGACCGUAGAAGAGGGACAAACCGAAGACGAGGUCGCACUACACAGGUCCCUAACCGCAAUGGCUAUCACUUUCGACGACUCAGAUUCUGUAGAUACACAGCGGGAGCACCACGACGGGUUGGUAAUAUCGCUCCCAAUAGGGAACGCAUUGAUCAAAAGGAUACUGGUCGACAACGGAAGCUCAGCCAACGUACUGUUCUUGGAAGCACUACAAGAAAUGGGAUUAGAAGAGAAAAACAUUGUAAGGAGAUCAACAGUUCUGGUAGGGUUCAGUGGAGAAGCACUACGGACGGUAGGAGAGAUAUCGCUGCCUACAUACGCAGAAGGCGUCAACAUGAUGACCAAGUUCAACGUCGUCGAUUGUCCAUCAGCAUACAACGUCAUCCUAGGACGACCAUGGAUCCACAAAAUGAAGGCAGUGCCAUCAACAUAUCACCAAUCAAUCAAGUUUCCAACCAAGUGGGGGGUCAUGGAAAUCAAAGGGCAGCAAAGAGAUGCGAAGAAAUGUUAUGAGACAGCACUGAAGCCAUCCAAGUCACCCAUCUAG